AUGGCUACUCGUUUCAAAGAAGAAUUUUCCAGGCUCAUUCCUAGGCGCCACUCUGCCAGCGCACCAAGUUUAGAUACUCAGGCAGCAGCAAAUUAUGCAACAUGGUCUCCUCCGGUUAGUGAGAUCAAAAUUAACUUUGAUGGUGCUUAUCGCAAGGAUGACAAAAUGGGAGUGGCGUUGGCGUUAAGAGAAGCGAUUUUGCUCGCUAGAAGACUCCGGAUUCAGAAUCUUAUUUUCGAAGGAGAUGCUAAAUCCAUUAUUGAUUUCAUGUCCGGGAAAGGCAUUGUAGGAAGCGACUGUGAAGUGAUUAUGAUCAACUGUAAAGCUCUCUGCGAGCAAUCUAAUUUUAAUCGCUUUAAAUUUAUUUAUAGACAUUGUAAUUGGAUGGCUCAUGAUAUAACCAAGAAAGCCCUUAGAGAUCCGUUGUUUUGUAACAAUCCCCUAAUACAAAUGGUGUGGCUAGAUACGAGACUGUAA